UUGAUUUUUACAAUUUUAACAUAAUUAAGAAGGAUAAAUACAAAAAUGAUUGUUAAUAGAUAAGCAGGAAUAAUUCAAAGAAAAGCUUCGUAAAAUUUUUCAGAAUAACAAAUUAGCUAGCCUACAAGAAAUAGUAUUGAGUGGAAAAACAAAAAAUAAGCUUUUAAUAACUCUGCAUAGCAAAUUCUUUCUAGAGGGAGUAUGAACGAUAAAAUAUAUUAACUGGAAGAUUUCAAUGAUAUAGAGAAUACAAAUAACAUUAAUGUUAUCUAAAAUUAGAAUAUUUUUUUUGAAAACAAUUUAAAUGAAAAUGGGAUAACUUUAGAUGGCUCAUCGAAAUUAUUUAUAUAAAAGAAUAUUCAAACAAGCAUUACAUAAGAUGGUAGAGAUAGAGAAAUAAGUUUUUCUAAAAAUGAAGAGCUAAGCGAUCAGCCAUCUAUGAGUAAAGAUGGAGAUCAUAAUAUUCUAUUAAAUACUUAGAAUGGUUUUGCAAGAAUAUCACAAAAAAAAUCAUUUAUUGGAGACGAUCAGAAGAUUGACUUAUAUUCAAAUGUUUAAAAUAAUAUGUAGCAAUAAUAGUAAACAAGUAGAAGAGAAAAUAUGAAUUUCUAAAAAAAUUGUGCAAGUUAGUAGUAUGAAUAGGUAUUAACUGAUUUAGGAACAGACGAAGAUAUAGAAAUAUCUAAUAAUACUAGUGCACUCAUUUUGAAUAAUAUUAGUGUUUCAAAUUAGAAUGCCUAAACAGAUGUUUUAUCUUAAUAAAGAAAAUCCUAGUAAAAUAUAAGUGAAAAUAUUAAUUAAAUGAAUCAUAAUUUUUAAUUACCUUCUAGAAGAUCUACUUCGUCUUUACAUUCAAACAACUCAUAAAAUAUGGUUUCUGUGCCUCAGUAAAACUUUCAAUAAUAGCUAACUUUUUAAAAAAAUGUAUUUAGAAAGUUGGAAGAUUAAAUAGACUCUGAUGAUAAGUAGAGCUAAAAUGAAGAAUAUUUCAAAAAAAGACCUCCAAGUGCUUAGGGGUUCAAGCACUAAGUAGCUGCAUUUAAUAUUCCUAAAUCUAUAUCAAAUAAUUAGAUUUAACAAAAAGAAUAAGUAUAAUAGCAAACUUAUACUACUUAUUAGGAUAAUAAUGCAAAAAGCUAGCAAUAAAACCAUGAAAUAAUGUAAUUAAAUUAAAAUUAAGCACCUCAAGUAUAAUAAUAAAAUACAUAUGCAACAAGUAUUGUUAAUUAUUGUAAUCAAACAUCAACUGAAGAUUAAUUUGAAUAUAAUGAUGACGAGACUGCGCCUCUACCUUCUACUUUUAGAAGAAUUUUGAAUGAAAACGGGUUAAAAUACAAUGUUUAGGAAUAUGACAGACUUGUAAAAAUGAUUCCAAAUGAAUCUGAAAUGAAUAGAUUUAAAUAUUACUUUUUGCCUUUAAAAAUAUAAGAGCAAGAAAAAAUUAUUGAUUAAAGCAACUAAAAUAUACUUUAAUUACAAGAAUCUAUUUAGAUACUUCUAAAAAGAGAAUCCUAAAUUAGACAAGAAUAUUCUGAGUAUUAAUCUUAAGUAUAGAGAGAUAUCAGCUAGCUUCAAGAUAGGCAAAAGCAACUUAGCAAAGACUUGAUGGAUAAAGAAAAUAUGAUAUAAUCAGUUCAAAUAUAAGUUGAGAGUAAAAACAAUGAAAUUCAAUCCCUUUAGUUAAAAUUAUAGAAGCAGAGAUUAGAUUUCUCAAAUUACGAGCAGACAAAAGCUGAAAUUGAAUUUAGUAUGAAAGAAAAAGAUAUGAAAAUAGAAUUAAUAAUGAAGGAAAAUUAAGAGAUUAAAAUAGAGAACAAAUAAUUAAGAGAAGAAAAGCUAUAGCUAGUCGAAUAAAUAACAGAAUUAGAAAGAAAUAUAUAAAUUAAGGACAGUAAAGCAGCAAAGUUAAUUAUAGAUAGAAAAAAUUAGAAUGAUGACUAUAGUAUUAGAUAAAAUGCUUUAUUGUAAGAGAAUCAAUAAUUAAGAGAAGAAAUGAAUUUGCUCACUGGAUAAAAUAGGAAACUAAUGAAAAAUUUGCAAGACUAUAAAUCUGAAUUAGAAAGCUUAAAAUAAACGGUGUUUGAUUUAGCUAGCAGUAUACCUUCAUUUAAAAGUAUUUAAAUAGAAUAAUAUCAUAACAAUAACAAUUCAGCUUAAGAUUAAAUCCCUUCCACACUUGUAAAUUAAUACAUAGAAUUACUUAAACAGCAGCUAUAACAUCUAAAAAGUGUAGAAGAGUAUUAAAGUAAAAAAGGAGUUAGUUAAAAAGCAGAUGGAUUUCCAAAGAAAGACUAAAAUAAAUUUGAAGGAAAUGUUUCAACCUUUAGAAGAUAAGAACUAGACUGA